GAAAUAAUGCUCACAUUCUCUCCGGAGCCCGUUGUCUCAAAGAUGCCCGAGUAAAAACCGCCGGUUUUGGCCGGCGUGCACGGGCUGUCAAAGUCGCCCAUGGCGACGUCGUGGCUCGGGAAAUAACGGAAAAAGUGAAACUCGAGGACGUCGCCGACGGCCGCCGUCGUCGACUCGGGAGAGAAGUCGAGAAGGUUAUUGGCGCCGACGUCAAUGCGGAUCGUCUCGGCGGCAGACCCCGCGACCAAGGCCGCCGCGGCUAUGAGGUAGCCAAGAUGCAUCAUAAAGUGAUCACCAGAACUUGCAGUUGCCGUGCGUCGUGGUUCUCAAGCCCAGUGCCAGCUGAGCUUUUGGUGCCGAAGGGUUAGGGUUCUGAAUGCUGAUUCCCUGGCUCUCAGAGGGCACAGCUUCAGAAGCCUCGUGAUGAGAGCUUUCUCUCUCUCUCUCUCUCAACUGGGGAAUAACGACAACAACGAUCAAUCCCAGGCCGCUCUGCAUCAAUUCUUUUGCGGCCUCAAACGGCGAGCGACAGCAAAGGAGGGGAAGAAAGCGACAUGGAGGUUCUUGCCAAGGCGGCAAACGAUUUCUUGGGGCCAGGUGACUAUUUAUACGACGAGACGAGCCCAUCCAUCUUCUCUGGCGUCUCUGCGACUCUGCGUCAUGACCCCGAUUCCUGCGCGGCUGAUUCGCGCGACACCGCCCCGACCCAAUGCAAGCGCCAGCGCUUUAGCUGUUUCUGGCGACGCCUGUUUUUCGUUUCUCCGGCAGUCCAGAAGGGCGGUAGCACAGCCCGUCCGUCCGCUCUCGUGUUGCCCUGUGGUCCAAUGGUUCGGCCACCCGACAGAGUCGACUCGACGGCCUGGAACAGCCCCCCGCCAAAAAGAAUUGGCGGGGUGCUGCAGCUGCAGCUGCGCGCUAGCCGCCACGCUGGCGCCGGCCUGGUGGCGGUCUGAUCUUUCCUUCCCCACAGCCCAACCGCUGACCGCCAGAAGCCUGUAUCGCGGUGACGGGUUCGUUUUCCCACAGCACCAUGGAAUGCUGGUAAAUUCCAGACUCGAAUAUUUGAACAUGGACUGCCCGUCCCUCACGUUGUGCACAAUCACGUCGUUGGAGCCUAAGAUGGUAUUUGGGACAAGAGUUGGCGCGAUUAAACCAACAUUUUUUUUCUUAACAACCUGGAGGGCUAAACCGCAAGCGGAGCCUUUUCUUCAAUUCUUGUGUCUUCGGAGUCGCUACCUUGAUAUAUCUGUAUCUUAAAAAGGCAGAUGGAAACCUGUGUCUUGCUAUUUUAUUUGC